AUGGCAGCAGCAGAUGAUCCCUACUUCUCACUAAGUGCAGCCCUGCGGCAAUGCACAUUCACAGUAGACGUCGCUCCGGAAGCAGGGAGCCCGCCUUUCGUCGCGCCGGUUGUCAGCUCCGCGCAGCCGAUAUCUUCGCUUGCUUUCCACGGUGUCUCUUACACGGUUCAACGCAAGAAACUCCUGCAACCAAAAUCGCAACGCGUAACGAAGCAGCUUCUGUGCGACGUCUCCGCGUUCGCGAAGGCUGGCGAACUCACGGCGAUAAUGGGAGCGAGCGGCUCGGGAAAAACCACGCUCCUCGACGUCCUCUCGGACCGCAUCUCUUCGCGCAACCUUACUGGAGAGAUCUCCUUGAACGGCGCUCCGGUGAAAGGCGACACGAUCCGACGGCUGUCGGCGUACGUGAUGCAGGACGACCUGAUGUUUCCCGCGCUGACGGUCCGGGAGACGCUCAUGUACGCGGCGGAGUUGCGGCUUCCGCCGAGCGUUAGCCGCGCGGAGAAGGCGGAGAAGGUGCAACGCCUCAUUCGCCUGCUCGGCCUCACGAAGGUCGCCAACUCCAAAAUCGGCGACGAAAACAACCGCGGCAUCUCCGGCGGCGAGAGGAAGCGCGUCGCGAUUGGCGUGGAAAUGAUUGGCGAUCCGAAGAUUCUGUUUCUGGAUGAACCCACGUCGGGCCUGGAUUCUACUAGCGCGUUCCGAGUCGUGAAAGUGAUUAAGAGAAUCGCGGUGCGGACGGGGAGUAUUGUGGUGAUGGUUCUGCACCAGCCGAGCUUUCGCCUUCUGGGACUUUUGGAUCGGCUGCUGCUGCUCGGCGCGGGACGGAUGUUGUUUUUCGGGCAGCCCGCGCAGCUGCCCGAGUUCCUGUCCGCGUUCGGCUGCCCGCCGCCGCCGUUCGCGAACCCGACAGAAUUCGCUUUGGAUGUGAUCCAACGGCUGGGACACGAAACGGAGGGAGGCGCAAAGCGCGGCGACGACGUGGACGGCGAGGAUGAUGACGAGGAGGAGCAACCGUCCGGCAAUUGCUGUGAUGGUGAGAAGGAGAUGGACGGCGAGACGAAGGCGGCGAAUCUGGCGGACGAGAGAGACGGAAUCCAACGGCUAGCCGACUUCUAUACCGUCUGGUCACAAGGAGGCUCCAAUGGUGUUGGCGAUUCUUCUCGCGGCAGUAGCGAGGGCGGCGAGAGUUUUUCCAUCCCUCCGAGUAGCCCCUCUACGUGCUUCAGCCCGGAUCAGGCUGCUAUGACGGCCGCGACUGCCGCGGCUGUAGCUGCUAGAACUGCGGCUGCAGCGGCCGCGGCGGCGGCUGCAGCGGCCGCGGCGAGCGCGAAUGAAAUGGUCACUAUCCCUACAGGCGCCUCAUCAGGUGUUACUUCAGGUGCUUCGCCGGAUGUUCGAGUGGCGGAGAUUAACUGCGGGGGCGGCGACGGUGCCAACGCACAGAUGGGGUUCCUUGGGGAGCACAAGAGAGCGGAUGCGGCGCAGCUACAGCAUCUCGCGGAGCGCGAUUGCGCGGGCUCUCAGGCGGAGCACUGCGGCGAGCGCAAGUACGCGAACGGGUGGUGGCGGGAGCUGCUCGUGCUGAUGAGCCGGUCCGUGCGCGUCAUUGCGCGCACCCCCGCGCUGUACCUGCUGCGCCUGCUGCUCAUCAUGGUCACGGGGCUGCUCAUCGCGUCGCUCUUCUGGCGCCCGCCCUUCAACGCGGAGGGGCUGCACGAGCGGCUGGCGUUCAUCUCCUUCCUCGUGUGCACGCUCUUCUUCUCCUCCGCUGACGCCACUCCCCUCUUCAUCCAGGAGCGUAACAUCUUCAUCCGGGAAACAUCGCAGCAUGCCUACCGGCCGUCCACAUACAUGGUGGCGUCGACGCUCGUGUACCUGCCUCUGCACGUGCUCAUGGCCAUCGCCAUCACUGCCGAAUCAUGGUGGUGUGUCAACCUGUCUGGCGGGGUAUCCUCUUUUGGCUUCGUGGUGCUUGUCUGCUUCUGCUGCCUCUUCACUGGGAAUGCCUAUGCCACGUUCGUCAGCGCUGCUGUCAACAAUGUCAUCCUCGCCUACGCUAUAGUCAUCUCCACAAUGGCCAACUUCGCCCUCGUCUGCGGCUUCUACAUCCAGCGGCAGAGCAUCCCACCGUUCUGGAUCUGGCUGCACUACCUCUCACCGGUCAAGUACGCCUACGAGGCAGUCACGCUCAACGAAUUCGCCGCAGCCGGCCCCUCCACCUGCUACCAGCCUGCAGGCGAUCUCUUCGCCGCCACGCCUCUCUCCGUGCUCCUCUCGCCUGCUCAGGUGAAUCAGUCUCUGGCUGUUCUUCGUCCCGCGCUGGCACGGUCGCCGUAUGCGGAUUUGUCGGUGGGGACGUGCCUGCAGACGGGGCCGCAGCUGCUGGUGUACUCGCUGGGACUGACGCAGAUGAGCAAGUGGGAGUGUGUGGCGGUGCUGGUGGGGAUGGGCGUCUGUGCUUCGCCCUGCGCUGGCCCGGUCGCCGUAUGCAGAUCUGUGCGAGGGAACAUGCUUGCAGACGGUGUACUCGCUGGGGCUGAUGCAGAUGAGCAAGUGGGAGUGUGUGGCGGUGCUGAUGGGGAUGGGGUGUGUUCUGCGCCUGCUGCACUGGCUGCUGCUGGUGAGGCUGUCUCGUACCAAGCGAGGGUGAGUGAGGGGAGGCCUUAA